AUGGCUAAACAUUUAUUAGUAAUAUGUGAAGAAAUUCAUCAAGACGAACGUGAUAAUAUCGAAAAUAUUUUAAAAAACACCAAUACUAAAAAAACUAAAAACUUACAAAAAAACAAUCAAGUUGAUAAUGAUAAUGAUCUAUUAUCUCAAGUUGAUAAUGAUUUAUUACUUCAAGUUGAUAAUUAUAACGAUAACUGUAAUGAUUUAUCAAAGGCUAAAAAUACUUCAGUUUUGUUCAUUGGAGAAAAAGCAUCUAUUAAUCGUCAAUUACUUAAAGCAUUAAUUUCAGCCAAUGCACUAUUAUCGUUCGUGGAAGACCCUGAAGUAAUUAAACUAUUUCAUAUACUAAAAUCUGAGUAUAAACUUCCAUCGCGCAAAUGGCUAAAUACAGAUAUUUUAGAUAAAAUACACGAAAAUAUUCAAUGCAGCAUUCAACAUUUUAUAUCAGAUUCUAUGUUUUUAACACUAUCUGAUAAUUACUCUGAUCAGCAUCAUACGGGUAAUAAUAUAUUUGCUAUAUAUAAGGAAAUUGGAAUAAGUCUUGGAUUAAAUAAAUGGAUAGCUUUUAUUUCAGAUAGUGGACCCAAUUUUAAAAAAGCACAAUGUCUUAUGUGUGAGUUGUUAAAACCAUGUGACUAUGUUAUAAAAAUUCUUGAAACAGAAAAAGCAACAUUAGGUCAAGUAGCUGCGUCAUGGGCAUGGCUUCGUGGAAUUGUUGAUAAGAGCUCAUUUACUAAUAACAAUUUUAAAAAUUCGUUAAUAAUAGAAAUUGAUAAUCGUUGGCAAAAAAUCUAUAAUCCUGUUUUUUUAAUUACCUGGUUUCUUCAUCCGUAUCAUCAUGGUAAAGGAUUAAAUUCGACAUGGCUUUUAUAUAUUCAAGAAGCUGCGUAUGGUCUUUUUUGCACUUUUUAUCCUGAUCGUAAUCAAGACCAAUUUAUUGAUGAAUGGUUAAAUUAUGCAAAUCAAGAGGGCCCAUUUUCUGCGUCAUCUAUUAAAAAUCCAAGUUUUACAAAAUUUCCACUAAGAUACUGGCGUACUAUGCUAAGUGCAACCCCAAAUUUAAGUGAAUUUGCAUGUCGCCUUUUAUCAAUUCCACCUAAUUCUGCAACUUCUGAACAG